CCCGACCGGGAGGAGCAGCAGCAGCUUGACGACAAUAUGCCCCCCAAAUUUAAGAGACAUCUGAACGACGAUGAGGUCACGGGAUCGGUUCGCAGCGAGAGGAGGAACCUGCUGGAAGAAGACUCUGAUGAAGAGGAAGAUUUUUUUCUGCGCGGCCCGACAGGACCCCGAAUGGGAGGACAGAAUGAAAAGCUAAAACAGGUGCAGUCGCAGGUGGACGAGGUGAUCGACGUGAUGCAGGAGAACAUCUCUAAGGUGAUCGAGAGAGGCGAGCGUCUCGACGACCUGCAGGACAAGUCGGAGAGUCUGUCGGACAACGCAUCGGCCUUCAGCAGCCGAUCCAAACAGCUGCACAGGAGGAUGAUGUGGCGGAACAUGAAGAUGAAGAUGAUCAUCGCUCUGGUCGUGGUGGGUCUGCUGCUGAUUAUUAUCGUUCCAGUGAUUCUGCGGUAUCGCUAA